AUGAACCGGAAGUUGAAUUGAGAAAGAUUCGCAAAUAAUGUUCAAUUUUCCGCAUUUGUUCGUUACAGUUCAUUCAAUUUAACAGCCAGAAACCACUUUCUUAUCUAAAAUGAAACUUAUAUAUUAUUUAGAGACACCUUAAACUAUUGAAAUUUGACCAUAUUGAAAGGGAGCAACGCUCACAAUAUAUCUUACUAAGCAGUGUUUGGGAUCGAAAGCACAUGCUCUUACUCUUAGUCUUGUUCAUAAAAUUUGCAAAAUCGAAUACAAAUAAGGGGAACAUUGUUGUGUGAAGAUACAAAGGCCUCUAAAAGUGGAUUCUCAGUUAUGCUGUUAAAAUGCCAUCAGUAGCACAAACAGAAUAUGGUAUCAGGGAUGUCUGGAAACACAAUUUGGAAGAAGAGUUUCGUUGUAUGCGACGGGUUGUCCAGAAAUAUAAAUUUGUUGCAAUGGACACUGAGUUCCCAGGUGUUGUUGCAAGACCAAUUGGUGAAUUUAGGAGCACUGCUGAGUUUCAAUACCAAUUACUUAGAUGUAAUGUCGACCUAUUAAAACUAAUUCAAGUUGGAUUUUCUUUUCUAAAUGAAAAAGGAGAGGCAGCUCCAAAUACUUGUACAUGGCAGUUUAAUAUGAAAUUUAAUUUAACGGAAGAUAUGUAUGCACAAGAGUCUAUAGAUUUAUUAAGAACGUCUGGUAUUCAGUUUGAUAAACAUGAUCAGGAUGGAAUAGAUCUGCUUGAAUUUGCAGAGUUACUAAUGACGUCUGGUAUAGUGCUAGCAGAAGAUAUGAGAUUUAUUUCAUUUCAUAGUGGUUACGAUUUUGGUUAUUUAUUGAAGCUUUUAACUGGUACUAAUCUUCCUACUGAGGAAACCGAAUUUUUCGAACUUCUGCAGCUUUAUUUCCCUAAUAUAUAUGAUGUGAAAUAUUUAAUGAAAAGUUGUAAAAAUUUGAAAGGUGGUUUACAAGAAGUUGCUGACCAGUUAGAGAUUGUUCGUGUUGGACCUCAACAUCAAGCAGGUAGUGAUAGUUUGUUAACUGGUAUGGCAUUUUUUAAAAUGAGAGAGAUGUUUUUUGAAGAUAAUAUUGAUGAUGCUAAAUACUGUGGUCAUUUAUAUGGACUUGGAACAUCUUUUGUUCAAAAUGGAACUAGCUAUGAAAAUAAUAACAUUUCCUCCAAUUCUCAUACGACUGGUACAGAUGAUAAUAUGCCAGCAACCGUCACAUCUGCCUCAUGAUAGACCGUUUCAUCACUUCAUUACGUUCAUGUUAACAGGUCAUUUUGGAGCAUAACGAAAUCGAACAUAGACAAUUUUUAUCAUGUAAAAUAUUUGUGCAUGCAUAUUUUUAGUUAUGAAAUUUGAUACAACCAAGGAACUAAUAUCAAAAUAUGUCCUUAAUUAAUUGUUUUAUUUGUAUAUUAGAUUACCAUCAAUUCGUGUACAAAGUAUACAAUCAUAAUUGAUGAUUAUGAAGUUUUGACAUUGCAUAUGAUAUUAUUUAUAUAUGUAUUAAGUGAAUGCAUCUGUUCCAUAUCUCUUCAACAAAAUAUUAAGCUGGAUCUAGCUUUUAGAUGGCAUGAAUUAAUACUAAGCCAAUGAAUGAAUUCUAGUAUCUCCUAAAAUUAAGUUGCGGAAAAUUAUAUAAGCAAGUUAUGGUCAUAAUUUAUUCAAAUGUAGUGUAUUUCAGAGAUUAUCAGUUUAAUAUUUUGGGUUGGUGCUGACAGAGGCUUUUUCGCCCCCUCUUUACAUAUUAGGAUGCUUUAUUUUUCUCUUUAUAACAGAAGUUAGAUAGCUGCAAGUGCUUACAUGUGUGUCGACUUUUUGUUGAUAUUUUAGAUUUAAUUUUAACACUGUUUUCCCCCUUCCAUUGUUUAAUCAUUUUAAGUUGGGAUUAUUCUUUUGUUCAGGAAGACAGACACAGGGAAACAAUCAGGGGUGCGAUUUGCUACCAUCUCAGAACACCUGUUGGUCUGUCGUGUUGACCAUGAUAAAUUAUUGUUUCACAUAUUUUCAUGUGGAAUUUUAAUAUUUCCUUUGUUACAAUAGGAAGAAAUUGUGAUAAAUCCUGAUGUAAAAGGCAGCAAUAUUAUUAGGAUGUGUGAUAAAUACAAGUAGACAUGUUUGAUUAUUAAUGUUGGGUAAUAAGCAAUAUCUUUUAUUGUUAAAAUUGUGCAAAUCAGGUCUAAAAAUUGAAUACGAUCAUUUUCCAUCUUUAUCCCAAUAAUUCAAUUGUAAAAUUCAUUGUUAGAUUUAUUUUUGAUAGCCAAUUCUCUCCCUUUAAAUCAAAUAAUGCAUAUAUUUUCCAACACAUUUAAUCAAUUGUUUUACUUGCCUAUAUUGCGAUACUUUUGUAUUGGUUUUAGACAGAAUUUGAUUUUAUCUCGUAACAAAACAAGAAGUAUAUAAUGAAACAUACUUUAGAGGGUUUGUUUGUAAAUUGCAGUUUGUUUUUAAAAGAAAACCAGGUGUUCGUGAAUGAACAAUUUUAUCUGUGAUAUUUGAUUUUGCGACCCUAAAAUUGUGUGUAUUAGAGUAUUUGGACUUUUCAAAAAGCUGAUAACUGUGAUUAUUAUGAACAAUAGCCGUGCUGCUAAAGAUAUUUGACUUGAAAAUAAUCAGUUAUAACUAUACGUUAAAUGGAAGGAUUUCUGCUCUGCUCUUAUUGUUAAUGGUCAUAUUUGAGGGAUUUUAAUUUCUUAGUUUAAAAGCUUUGUAAUUGAUUUUAAAUAUUAAGAAUUAAAAUAUUUGACAUUCAGUUAUUUUCAAUAAUGUAUUUCUUUUCUUUUUGCUUCUAUGCUUAAUGUUAUAAUUUGUCUUUGAAUAUUUCACUAAUGUAUGACUGACCAACAGGUCCUACACCUUAUAUUAUUGUCAAGUCAAAUAUACAGCUACGUGGUUUUUGCUUUAAGGUCAUUUAUACUUCUAUCAAAUUUGAACGAGAUAUAAUUUUAAAUUACAUUGAUUUUAAUGCUUAUCAAGGUCAAAUCUUUUAAUCUGCAUUUUGUUGUGGUUCAUCAUCAUUUUGUCAUUGUUUUAAUAUUUUUUUCUGAGCUGUGUCCUUCCUAUUUUUUUGAUUUUAUAAAUUCAUCUUUCGCAUUGCUUACAGUUAUCAUCUUUUUUUUCUUUUUUUUUUUUAUAUCAUUCUUGGGCAGGGUUUAGAGAUUGAAAGUUACUUUAGGGUCCACAUUCUUGCAUUUGGCCGAUAGAGUAGCUUUAAAGAAUAAUUCAGGGAUUUGGGCCUUAUUUGACUUGAGUGAGCCUUGAAAUAAAGACAUGAAUAUGUAUUUUAAAUUUUAUUUAAUGAUAUAAUUUUAAUGUAAUGUUGCCAAUGUAAUAGAAGAAAAAAAAAUAUUAGUUCAUUAUGUAAUUUUAAAACUAUUUUCAAAUUUUCAUGUUCUAAUUUUUUUGUUUGUUUUGUGUACUGUAAACCUCUGUGUACCAUCAUAUCAGUAUUUUCUAAUAUAUUUUUGUCCCAUGUUAAAUAAACUUAUAACAUUGGAUAUAUUUGUAUAUUAUGAAAUAAUCCAAUUAAAUAUCAGAAUUUUAAUUAGUAAACAACAUAUUUUUCAUUGUCGGUUUUUCAAGAGUGAUGAUUAAUUGAGAAGAGAUUGCCCUUGAAAUUUUUAGAUUUAUUUAUCUAGAGCUAAAUGUGUUCUUUCAACUAGCAUAUUUGCCACAACUUAAAAGAUGCAGAGGUUUAGAUAGAUCUGUCUUGUUAGAGCUCUAAUCUGUGGUUAAACAGCCAAAUGAUGUCUUAACAACACAACCCUUGAUAGCCCACAUGUGUCAAUUACACAAAUGCCCUUGUUAAAAGGGCAUGUUUUAAAAUCUGUCAGUGUUAUAAACUGUCUGUACCUUACACCAUCAAUAGGUUUUUAUCAUUUAAGACCUUCAACUGGAAUUUUAAAUGAAAUGAUUUACACUGUAAGGGGGAAAUGGUUGUUUCUAUAUUUUAAAAUAAAUGUAAAUAAAAAUAAUGUACCCUUAGGUGUAAAAAUUA